CGCUCAAUCGAUGGACGAGGGCGAAUCCUUCGCAGCAUCUCUCCGUCCCGCACCCACGCUGUCAGGGUCUAGCGCGAAAAGAAGAGCCGCCAACCAGGGACAACGAAGGCCGCGAAGCUGACAUUUGCGCACGGGAAGGACCAGCACCAUCUCACCUUUGCCUCUCCCCAUUGACGCUCAGCCUUGCCCACUGCCGCCAACAUCAUCUCCUCAUCCUUGACUCCUACUCGCAUCGCUCUCGUCGUCGUUGUUGCCGGUGGAGCUAUCGCUUCUAGCUGGUUCAGACGUUCGCAAAGAGGCUCCUCAUCCCCGCAGCAACCACCCCUGCCGCCAAAGAGGACGUCAGAGCAACCGUGCCAACAAGCCAUCGCAGCAUCGCCAGAAGAGCCGCCAGCCACCGCCAUGUCCCCAGCUACCGCGAGACCCGCUCGUGGCGAGCCGAUCGAGGUCUACGAGGUCAAGCUCGAGUACGAUGGCAGCCCGUCCAAGGAGAAGAGUUACAUUCGUCUGCCUGCUCCUGUCAAGCCCCACGUACUGCGCUUCGCCUUCGACGCAGGCACUGUAGCCUCAAAGAACGGCGUGCUGUGGACUAACUUCCCUCCUGAGGGAAAGGAGUUUCGUCGUGACCAUUUCUACGAGCACAGACUCCCGAGCGACUUCAGCAAGGCAAGUCACAUCGACCUCUACGUGACCUCCGCCGGCGCAUUCGAGUUUUACGUAGAGCAUGAUGCAGCCGAGGAGGAGUUGCCGUACCCGACGCCCUCGCAGCCUUUGGGCUCGGCUCAGUCCGAGCGCAAGCGCGUCCAGUCAAAGCACGGCUACUUCAACGUUGAUCCCGUUCUCACUUUUCCGCCUCGCACUCGCAUCCUGGACCCCAAGACGGGGCAGCCAUCCGCCGAUGGAGGCAAGGUGUUAGCUGGCAAGGAAGGCGUCCUCAGCCAGACGGCCAUUACUGCCCUCUCGUUCUUCGCCAAGUGGGCUGGUCCUCUGAGUCAAUGGGCUCCUCACCUCGACGUCGCCUCCAAGGCUGGCUACAACAUGAUCCACUACACCCCCCUGCAAGUGCGUGGCACCUCUAACUCACCGUAUUCCAUCGGCGACCAGCUCGACUUCUCGCACGAAAUGUUCGAUGACAAGGCUGGCAAGAGCUCCACGCCUGCCGAGAGAGCAGACACGCUCAAAGCUUGGCUUGGAAAGAUCAAGCGCGAGUACGGCAUGCUCAGCCUUAUGGAUGUUGUGCUUAAUCACACGGCCCACUCGAGCGCCUGGCUCAACGAUCACCCCGAGGCAGGCUACAGCCCGCACAACUCGCCGCACCUCACGCCAGCCGAGGAGCUCGAUCGUGCUCUCAUCGAUUUCUCAAACAAUCUUGCGUCUCUUGGACUGCCUGACGACCCGAAGUCGCCUACUGAUGUCCAGAAGAUUAUGGACGGCGUCAAGAGCAAGGUCCUCGACAAGCUUCAGCUCUGGCAGUACUACGUCAUCGACGCGAAGGCGGUCAAGGAGGCCGUCGCAGCAGGAUGGGACGCCGAGUCGGAAGGUCAGGCCAAUGGCAACAGCGCCAAGUCGACUCAAUCGCUUGCUAAGCAGCUCGAGGAGAAGGCGCUGCAGAACAAGUUGCACUUCGGAGAGCGCUACAUCACCACCCUCGACGUACUUACGACAGUCGCCAUCUUGCGCUCUCAAUUCGGCUCCAAGGACGCCGCGUUGGACGCUUUGAGCAAAGCGGUAGACGAGCUCAACGCUCCUCUAUAUGCCACGUACGACGAUGAUCUGAAAGCCAUCGUGGCGAACCUCUCAGGAAGACUGACCUACAUGCGCCUUGAAGAGGGCGGCCCAAAGAUGGGGCCCAUCACCAAGGACAAGCCCUUCUGCGAGCCCUACUUUACCCGUCUUGCUCCGAACAACAAGCACCAUCCCAAGGCAAUAGCCGUCGCAAACAAUGGCUGGAUCUGGGCUGCCGAUCCGCUCAUGGACUUUGCCUCGUCCAAGUCCCGCGUCUACCUCCGCCGCGAGGUCAUUGCGUGGGGCGACACGGUCAAGCUGCGCUAUGGCUCGGAACCAAAGGACUCACCUUGGCUUUGGAAGCAUAUGGAGGAGUACGUCGCCCUGAGCGCCGAAAUGUGCGACGCAUUCCGCAUCGACAAUUGCCACUCCACUCCUGUCCACGUGGGCGAGUACUUCCUCGACGUAGCGAGAAGGCACAACCCCAAUCUGUACGUUUGUGCCGAGCUCUUCACCGGAUCAGAGGAGAUGGACGUCUACUUUGUCUCCCGGCUGGGACUCAAUGCACUGAUUCGGGAGAUGGAAAAUGGGCACGACCCGAAAGAGGAAUCGCGUCUGUUGUACCGUUUUGGCGUGAACAAGCCAAUCGGUAGCAUGGACAAGGACUGUCUCUCCAAGUCUGGCUCCGUUUUGCUGCCUGGCAGCAACUCACCGACCCCAGCUACCGUCGUGCCGCACCCAGGCUCAUCCCCUGAUGCUCUCUUCAUGGACGUCACGCACGACAACGAGACUCCGACGAAGAAGCGCACAACGGAGGACAUCAUUACCAUGGGGGCUCUCGUUGCCUUCUCGUGGUCUGCGACUGGCUCGACCAAGGGUGUCGACGAGCUGUACCCUGACCUGCUUGAUCUCGUUAACGAGAAGCGCAUGUAUGAGGUCUAUGAUGGGCCUGAACAGCGCGGGAUUGGUUAUGUGAAGCGAAUUGUCAACGCGCUGCAUCGCGAGAUGGUUGAAGACGGGUUCGAGGAGGGGCACGUCCAUCAAGAGGGCGACUAUAUCAUGUUCCAUCGAGUCCAUCCCAAGACACACAAGGGCUAUCUCUGCAUUGCGCACACCGCCUUCAACAACCGAGGCAAGGCUCGGGGCCACGUCGCUCCCAUCCGUCUUGACCGCACCAAGGUUCAGUACAUCACCGGCAAGACGCUUGAAAUCACCGAUCGCAACGCAUCCAAGGACGCAAAGACUCUCAAAGGCUUUGCCAGCCAGCUGGUUGACGUACCCGCGCCUGAGGUUACCGAGGGCCGUAAAAUCGACGGCGACUUCUACUCGGAGAUCAACGUACCUCAAGAGUUCCCUCCCGGUUCGAUCAUGCUUUUCGCCAGCGCAAUGGAAGGCUUGGCCUCAGACCUCGACGAGCUGUGUCGCUCUGGCGCAAAGGAGGCUUUCGCCGAGCUCGACCUUAUUGACCUCAACGUCGUUCUGCACCGCGCCGAUGGCGAGGAGAAGGACAGCACGGAAGGACAAGACGGUGUGUACAAAAUCCCGGGUCACGAAGAGCUGGUCUAUUGUGGCUUGGAGGGCUGGAUGCACCCUCUUCGCCAGGUGAUGAAGCACAAUGAUCUCGGACAUCCUCUGUGCGCCCACCUUCGAGACGGCACUUGGGCCCUCGACUACGUGCAUGGUCGUCUUGAGAAGCAGCUAGCCAUGUUCCCCCGCCUGACCAAGCCGGCGCAGUGGCUCAAGGAGCGCUUCGACCAAAUCAAGAGUACUGUGCCCUCGUUCAUGAGACCCAAGUACUUUGCACUCACCGUGACCACAGCCUAUGACGCUGCGGUUGCGCGAGCUAUCGAGCACAUGAGUCCCUUCAUUCGAGAGGGCCACCCCUUCAUUCACUCACUGGCACACUGCGCGGUCCAAAUGAACGGUGAAGUCAAGUCAGCAAGCCUUUGGCACGACAGACCGAGCGCCUCAAUGGCUGCUGGUCUGCCUCACUUUGCCGCCUCGUGGGCAAGAUUGUGGGGUCGUGAUGUAUUCAUCUCGCUGAGGGGGCUUUACUUGACGACGGCGAUGCAUCAGUAUGCGCGCGAGCACAUCUUGAGCUUUGGAUGCACGCUCAAGCACGGCUUGAUUCCUAACUUGCUCAACUCGACGACCAAUCCCAGGUACAAUUGCCGUGAUGGCCCAUGGUUCUUCGCUCAAAAUGUCCAAGACUAUGUCAAGAUGGUGCCCGGCGGCGAGUCCAUCCUCCAGGAGAAGGUCAAGCGUCGCUUCCCGCUCAAUGACGAAUGGGUGCCCGUCGACUCUCCCAAGGCAUUUUCUCACGAGAGCACUGUGGCUGAGCUGAUCGAGGAAAUACUCCAACGCCACGCCUCUGGUAUCCAUUUCCGCGAGCACGACGCCGGACCAAAGAUCGAUGAGCACAUGAAGGACGAAGGCUUCAACAUCGACAUUGAUCCUGAUUGGUCGACGGGGAUGAUCUUCGGUGGCAAUGCAUGGAACUGCGGUACCUGGCAGGACAAGAAUGGGUCUAGCACCAAGGCUGGAAAUCGUGGUCACCCAGGCUCGCCGAGGGAUGGAGCCGCCAUUGAGAUCACUGCCUUGCUCAAGAGCACCCUCACCUGGGUCGACUCGCUGCGCAAGCGUGGCCUCUGGCUACAAGGCAAGGAUGGGGUCACGGCGAUGAUUGGCGGGAAGAAGACGUUGGUCAGCUACGCAGAUUGGGCAGAACUGAUCCAGCGAUCAUUUGAGAGGUGCUACUGGGUUCCCCUCGACUCAGCACAGGACGGAAGCUUCCGGGUGGACCCUGGGCUCAUCAACCGCCGAGGUAUCUACAAGGAUGUCUUUGGUUCGGGCAAGGGGAGGGAAUGGUCCGACUAUCAGUUCAGGUCCAAUUUCCCCAUCGCUAUGUGCGUUGCUCCGGAGCUCUUCGACAAGGAGCAUGCACAAAUCGCCCUGCAGGCUGCACACAAUGUCCUCAAGGGGCCGCUGGGCAUGCGUACCCUCGACCCAAGCGACAUGAACUAUCGUGGAGACUACGACAACGCGAAUGACUCGACGGACUUCCAUCUCGCUCAGGGCUGGAACUACCACAACGGCCCUGAGUGGGUGUUCCCCACUGGGUUCUUCCUUCGAGCUUGGGUCUUGUUCCACGGGAAAGAGGAGGGAGACGAGGCAUAUCACCAUGUCUCGUCUUUGCUCGUUGAGCACACGAAGCAUAUCGCUUCGAGCCCUUGGGCUGGUCUGCCCGAGUUGACCAACUCCAACGGGCAGUAUUGCAGAGAUUCGUGUGCGACGCAGGCUUGGAGCGCGAGUACUAUCCUCGAUGCGCUGUACGAGAUUUGGGAGCAGCGAGGGGGCGGGGGCAACAAGUGAGACGAGUAGACGUGAUAGAGAAAAGCGUCGAGGCGAGACUGCGCGAAUAGUGUUACAUUUGAAAUCUGAAGCAACGUUUACAAUUGCUCAUCC